GCGCCUCUAUAAAUUCUUCAAACCCUCUUUCCAUCUUCUCCACCACACCAUUGAAGAACAGCAACAAACAAACAGACAAUCAAAUUGAAAAAUGGCAGCAUCCAAUUCCAGAAGAAACUCAUGCUCUUUCAUUAAUUUACUCCUCUCGUUCUUAAAUUUCAUCCUCUUCAUCCUCUCGGCAGCCUCAUUCGCGCCGACGAUCUCCCUCAAAAUGCCGCCGACUUCUCUCGGCUGGGCGUUUCUAACGAUCUCUUCGAUCUCUCUCCUAUCUUCCUUCAUCGGCUUCUACUCGCGGCUCGCGCACUUCUGCUACAUCACGCACGUGUCACUCCUCCUGGCCUCUUCGACGGGGCAACUGCUAGGGUUUCUGGCGCUGUUCACGAAGGAGGAAUCGAGCAUCUCGAUGCUCGGAUCCCGGCGGGAUCCGCGGGAGGCGAAGGUUCUGGUGAGAUUGGAGUGCGGGGUUCUGAUGGCGAUGUUUGUGAUGCAGAUGGGGGUUUUGAUCCUGAGUUUCGCGGUGCACAGUUGCUUGGUGAGGGAGUACGAGGGUUUGGAGGCGGAGAGGGAUGCGUCGGUGGAGAAGCGGCGGGCGAAGAUUGCUAGGGUUCAGGAGGAAUCGAUGGCGAAUGCGGAGAAGAUUGUUGAGUUGAAGAACAAGGAAUUUGAUGACAAGAUGAAGAACAAGUAUGGGAUGAACAACGAUGUUUGAAGGCUAAUAUUGGAAUUUGCCUUUGUUGUUUAUUUUUGUUACUUUAUUUAUGCGAUAAUUUUUAUUUUUUAUUUUGGCUUUGUGUGGCCACUAAUUAGGUGGCCACUUAAUAUUAUUGUUUAGUGUCUUAAUAUUAUUUAAUCUCGAUUUUUUUUUCUUUUAA